ACCUAGGCUGCAGUUUUGGGGCGUGUACAGGAAGGCAAUUAAUUGAUGUUCCUCCCCCUGCCCCUAGAAUCAACAAGCAUGUCCUCAGGGCAGGAUUAAAAAAGAAAGAGUGGACUAGAGGCUGCUGCCUGCCCUCCGGAGCUUGGGGACCCUGGGGUAUCAUCUCCUCCCCAAGCCCCCAGAAGUGGGAGGCAAAUACUUCUUGAGAGAAUGUUCUACAUCCUAAAGCAACAAAACCAAACAACAAAACCACCAUGAAAAUAGACAUCAUGGGGAAGAUGAGAACCCUGACGGACUUAGACUUAUUUUACAGGCAGACCUCUGCAUUAUGACCCGGCUGCUGGACUACGUGGACCCCUCAGACCCCUGCUUUGUGGCUGCUAUCCUUGCCAUCAUUUUCAAUCCACUCUUCUGGAAUGUGGUUGCAAGAUGGGAACAGAAAACCCGAAAGCUGAGCAGAGCCUUAGGCUCCCCCUACCUGGCCUGCUACAUGCUGGGCGGGGCCAUCCUAUUGCUGAACGCCCUGCGCUCACACUGGUUCACACAGGCCAUGCAGAGCCAGCCCAGGAUGGACAGCCUGGAUAACCCCACCGCCUAUGGGGCUGGCCUCGUGCUCCUGGGCGUCGGCAGCGUGUUGGUGCUCUCCAGCUUCUCUGCUCUGGGCUUCACUGGGACCUUCCUAGGUGAUUACUUCGGGAUCCUCAAGGAGGCAAGAGUGACCACCUUCCCGUUUAACAUCCUGGACAACCCCAUGUACUGGGGCAGCACAGCCAACUACCUGGGCUGGGCCAUCCUACACGCCAGCCCCACCGGCCUGCUGCUGACUGUGGCUGUGGCCCUCGUCUACGUGGUCGCUGCCCUGUACGAGGAGCCCUUCACCGCCGAGAUCUACCGGCAGAAAGCCUCCCAGUCCCGCAAGAGCAGCUGACUGGGCUUCACUGAUGGUCUGCACCUCCUGGCCUGCCUUCCCAGGUGCCACAUUGGGGGUGAACGGUGCCCAGCUGCUGCUCGGUGCCUGCCUGGCGUGGGCCACUCCAGUGCCUUGGAAACCGCUGCCCUGGGGGUCUUGGACAUGCUAUCGUGUGGCCACUGAGCCCUCCCUGCCACCUCCACCACUUUUAACUCACCAAUAAAGGCCCCCUAACCCCA